CGCGAGCGUGGCGGGCAGCAGCGGCGGCGGCGGGAGAGCAACGGGGCCUGCGGCGGAGGCUGAGGCUGUGGUGGCGGAGGCAGAGGGUGAGAAGAUGGCGGACGGCGACAGCGGCAGCGAGAGAGGCGGCAGCGGUGGGGGCGGUGGGCCCGGUGGCUGCGGCUUCCAGCCCGCGUCCCGCGGCGGCGGCGAGCAGGAAACCCAGGAGCUGGCCUCGAAGCGCCUGGACAUACAGAACAAGCGUUUUUAUCUGGACGUGAAGCAAAACGCCAAAGGCCGCUUCCUCAAGAUCGCCGAGGUGGGCGCUGGAGGCUCGAAAAGCCGUCUCACCCUCUCCAUGGCCGUUGCCGCCGAGUUCCGCGACUACCUGGGGGACUUUAUCGAACACUACGCGCAGCUAGGGCCCAGCAGCCCCGAGCAAAUUGCGGCGGCGGCGAGCGCCGAGGAUGGUGGCGGGCCCCGGCGGGCGCUCAAGAGCGAGUUUCUGGUGCGGGAGAACCGCAAGUAUUACCUGGACCUCAAGGAGAACCAGCGCGGCCGCUUCUUGCGCAUUCGCCAGACCAUCAACCGCAUCGGGGGCAGCGGCGGGUUCAGCGGGGGCCCCGGGGGCCUACAGAGCGGCCAGACCAUCGCCCUGCCUGCCCAGGGCCUUAUCGAGUUCCGCGACGCGCUGGCCAAGCUCAUUGACGACUACGGAGGCGAGGAGGAGGAGCUGGCCGGCGGCCCGGGAGGCGGCGGUGGGGGACUCGGAGGGGGCCUGUACGGGGAGCUCCCGGAAGGCACCUCCAUCACUGUGGACUCCAAGCGCUUCUUUUUCGACGUGGGCUGCAACAAGUACGGGGUGUUCCUGCGAGUAAGUGAGGUGAAGCCGUCCUACCGCAAUGCCAUCACCGUCCCCUUCAAGGCUUGGGGCAAGUUCGGAGGCGCCUUUUGCCGGUAUGCAGAUGAGAUGAAAGAAAUCCAGGAGCGGCAGAGGGAUAAGCUUUAUGAAAGACGCGGGGGCAGCGGCGGUGGAGAUGAGUCUGAAGGCGAGGAGGUGGAUGAGGAUUGAAACGGGCAGCUUCCCGUACAGGCCUCCCGCACCCCACCAACGUCCUCUUGUCUAGAGAGCUCUUUUUGCUGCUUCUCUCCAAAUGACAGUGGAGGAGGAGCAAGGGAGGCGCCAGAGAGAGAAAAUAAAAAAUAAUAUAGUUAAUCAAAAGAACCAUAAGAGAACAGUCACAGACAAAAGAGAGCAGUAAAGUUCCAAGGGACUUAGAGCAACCUGCAGAGAGAGGACAACAGCAUCUCCUCACCUGAACAAAAUCUCAGCUUCUGUUUUUCUUUUACCAACUGAGGUUCCUAAACCCCCCAGGGAUAACCCUGGAAGGGACAGAUCCUCACAUAUCGGCCAAGAGAAACAUCGGAGUUACCCAGACCCACUGAUGACAGUUGUGUUUGUGUUGUACCUGGGUAAUCUGGUCUAAAAAAAAAAAUCUCUCCAGACCUUGCUGUUAAGUGUCUAUCCCUCACUUCCAUUGAAAUCAGCAUUUUGGAUCUAGGUCUUCAUGGAAUCCUUGAGAGAAGUCUUUGCAGUUACCCAGUUCUGAGAGUACAGGUUUUACUAAAAGGAACACAACUUUAAAUAAUCAUGGGCAGGGCAAAAUAAGAAUUCUAAAUGCCACUAGAGGAUACAGAAAGAGAUUGGAUCCAUUUUUUAAGGUUUUGGAUGGAACGUGGACCAAGGCCCAUGUCUUUUCUUUGCAGAAUUGUUUUCUGGAUGCAAAUGAAUUCAGAUAUCAAUGCUUGAACUAGAAUCCAUUACUAAAAUAGUUUAAAAGUUGGCAGAACAUUUUGAAGAAAAAAAACAUUGCUGGUUGCUGAGGUAGGCACAAGAAGAAAUCAGGCAUAAAGCACAAGGAAAACUGAGUGGAUUGGUUACUGCUCACUAAAGUUCUUCCCCUGAUCUCCAGAUAUGGAGGUCAUUACCAAGAAAUGGCUUAGGUAUGAAUGGGAUCCAGAUCCCUAUGGAGCCAUUCAGUUAUGGAUAAUUCGGCUGGUUCAGCCUCUGGUUGGCUGGAUUUUAAACGAUAAAACUUGAAGAUUUCUACAAAAGUUUAACAGUGUGGCUACAAGCCUGAGCUUUAAUAGAAUGUACAGCCUAACAGAAAAGUUGGAAAUAAUCAAAACUGAAGUCUUCAUUUACCUUCAGUUUAAUCUGUGGACGUGUUCAAAUACUAAAGAGCCUCAGGUCCAGAAUUCCAGCAUCAUUUAUUCUUUUAAAAUUUUUAAGAACUUGAUCCAUUAUGUCAGUACCUCAUAAUCACAGUUGGCAAAUGAUGGAUGGAUGUAUUCAAAGCAGCACACCUGAUGGAAGCUGAAAUCCAUCUCUAAAUAGAGCUGAAGUGAACAUGAAUAUGCUGACUAUAUCCUGGAAGCAUUUUUAUAUCAUCUUGAAAUUUCAACAAACUGGCUUUUGCCAGUUUAUCCAGCCGUCUUUCAGGAAUAAAAAUUGGGGUUUUCAAGGAUCACCUCCUCUAUAUUUUAAAUGGAUUCUCAGUAGAAACGAUUUUUACUAAUCAAGUUAAUCCCACUCCCAUCAAAAGAUAUUCCUAGAAAUGUUAUAUACCUAUGUAACUUUGAACUGAAUGGGAUCUAAUAUUCUUUCCAAAGUUUUCAGGUAUUAUUACUUGUGUGACACCUUCUCACCCAGGAGGCAAGUAACCCCACCUCCAUAAUCUUACUUUUUUUUAACUGCAUGCCUGCCCUUUAUUUGAGCUGCCUUUUUAAUUUAUUGCAUACCCUUUUUAUUAUCUUAUUUUGGUAUUAUUCAAUCUAUACAAUCUUUGUAUUUAUUGGGAAAUAAGUAAUAUACAAAAAGGUCAUUUUCAUGCAUAUGUGGCUGAGAGAGUACUAAUAGUGUAUAUAAAAUUAGGCUUUUUAAAAAUUAGACUGGGAUCCAGGAUAUUGUCAAUCUUAGACUUAAAAACAAAAAAUGCAAGAGCCACAAACAUUGGUGCCCUUUUCAGACUAUUUCUCUACUCAUCAUCCACAAUAGACUUUUUAAACAUUUUUUUAAGCUCUUCUUUUUUAAAAAAAUUUUUCUCCGUUGCAAAGAAUGUUUCCUAAAUUGUAUGGGAGCAAUAGUAUUUUUGAUGUUUUAAUUACAUCCCUAUACGUACUGUAUUUUGUACUACAAGGCAGCUGUUUUCAAUAAUGUCCUGCUGUAUUUACCUAUGUGUUUUGAGUGUUCAUUUCUUUGCUGCGGAGAACAAAUCCCUCAGUAGUUUUAGUAAAGGAGCUGAGAAGUUAGCAUUAGGUUUGCAGAAACUGUUUAUGUGUCAAAGUUUGAGGCAGCAUUGAAAAUUAAGGUUACAGUUGUUAGUUGAUUGCUGUAACUUUCUCAUUUUCAAACCAUGUACAAUUCCUGUAUAACCCACUUGUUUUCUUGCUUCAGUGGUGGUUCUGUUGCUUAGCUGCAGUGAGCCAGUUCAACUUGCAAAGGUGCAGUACCUCUCCUUUUCAAGGGGUUGGUUUAUUCUGUUUUCUUUUUGUUUGGCUGAAUUGCAGUAACUAGCCUUGCCUUUUCUAUUCUGUAGAAAUGACAGGCUCUUCACAAUCCUUUACCAGUGGCUACUAAGCUAUAAUUAGCUGAAUAGAAAGAAUGUGGAAGUUGUCUGAGGCAUAUAGAGUAUAUGCCAAGAACACUACCAUAUAUGGCAUCAGCUUUGGUUACCAGAGAAAUUUUCUUAGUCAUUAGACCAUAUAACAGUAAUAUAUCAUAUGUAAAUCUUUAGAUGUCAAUUUGAUAAUCCUCCAAAAAAAGGAGCAAAGAAUGCAUAAGCUAUGUGUUGGAAAAGUAAUUUAUAUUAAAAUUUUGACCUGCCUAUGUAGGAUUAAGUGGUAAAUGUCAUAGUGGUGGGUUUUCAAGUCUUAGCCAAUCUUGAAGGUUUGUUUCUCCUGCAGUUCAUGGCCUCUCUUCCCACUGCAGGAAGACUGCAGAGGUUGUAGAUUAACUGUAGCAUUUCACUGACCCUCAUUCCAGUGACUGGGACAAUAGAAAUCUGCAAAGCAGAGAGACUGGAUUUUUGGAAAAUGUUGCGUGGUUUGUUAAACAAGGUGGUAUUAACAGGCCAUCUUUCAGAACUCAUUCAUAAAUAUUAGUUUAUUGAAAGUAAAUGGUCUUUGUUAAAUCCAGUCAGAUAAUGGUAUUGUAACAACCGCUGCUAUGAACUGUGAUUCAGGGCAUGUUUUUUAACUUUGGCAAGCAUCGCAGCUAAUCACAUGUUCAGAAUAGUCAUAUUCCUGAGAAGUAAGAACCAAAAUUUCUUUUGAAAUAAUUGGUGAAAGGUUUGUUUCUCAAACUACCACAGUUGCAGAGGUGAGAAGUCAAAUUUUAGGAACAGAAUCAAAAGAGCAAAAAUCUAUAAAGAGAUUCUAAUACUCCUUUCUGGUUUCUAUUGUCCCUACCAGUCAUUCAGCAAAUGGAACUGUGGCAGUUUUGUUCAGCAAACUCCAGUGCAUCUGCUGCACAAAAAAUGUAAAUCUGUAUGGCACCAAAAAUCAAAGUGAAAACCAAACCAAAAACCAGACACCCUGUGUAAAUAAUUGAGGCAUGUAGGUGGUGUAAAUGACUGUAGCUGUAAUACACACAUGGCUACUUGUCAAGUCACUUUUCAUAAUUAUUUACUGCAAAAUGAUUGAGAGGUUCUAGGUGCAGGCAGCCAUUAACCUGCUUCCUUCAUUAACUCUGGAUCACUUUGCAAUAAAUUGCAGGUCUUUUAAAAGAUUCCGGCUUCCGUUCUCAAAACAAAACAAUUUUCCUGUCUUAUCUGAAAAUGCAGGGUUGUGGGCAGAAGAGGCUGGUUAUAAUAAAGCCCUCAUAUUGAGUGGUCUGUAAAUGGCUGCACAUUUCAGGCACCAUAAUUGCUAAGGAUGCUUUGGUAAAUGUGACCUUUUCUGGCUUUACAGAGGUGUAGAAUGUGAUCUACACAAGGUAUUCAAAGGUGAUUAUUUUCAUCUCCCUUGCUCUUGAGGUAGAUGAAAUUAAGGAGAGGCUUGAGUGUGUAAGCCAUGCAUAUAAGUAUUCUUCAGUGUAAAUUUUGUUUUCAUUUCUAACCCAAUUAUGGUACUUUGUCCAAUGCACAACUGAUCUCUCAGUAGAUAUUCAUUUGAAAAUAGUGUGGCCUUGAUCAGUGAGAAGGGGAAGAAGUGACUUUUUUGCUUAUGUAAAAAUGACUCAUUUGCUGAGAGUCAUAAUUCUGCAGCAGUCUUAGUAUCUAAUGUAUUUGUGAUAGGUCUCCUUUUUGAUCGGGUAAAGUUAAUGCUUUUGACCGUGUAGUUAUUAAUUCAGUUGAGUUGUCUUCUAUUUUUCGGAAGUAUCAGAACUGCUCUGAUGAGUAACAGUUGACUGCUUUGAUGUCCAAUCUCAGGUUUUAGAAUGUAGUGGAUUUAAAAUCCCACUGUUAAUUCUUAAAACAAUUUUAAUUUAGUUCACCCUAAAAGUCAUAUGCAUAAGGCCUGUUCAGAGAGCAGAGCCUUCAUGUUUUUGCUCCUUUUUCACUUUGUACUUCACUUGAAAAAGUUUCAAGUGAUUUUACAUUGUAUAUUUCCAUUUUAACCCUGGCAUAUUUCUCAAAGAUAAAGCACUUUUUGAUCAUGAAAUACAUGGAAUCUUUGUGUGAUGUGGAUCAUGGUUUCUCAGGCUGCCCUUGCUAAUCUGCUUACGAAUAUUGUUCAAACUUUGUGUAAAGAGUGGAAAUCUUUGCUAAUGUUAGAAAGUUUGUAUUAUUGGUCCAGAAAGCAUUUUGCUAGCUUCCAAUGGAUGGGAGAGUAAACAAUGCUGCAUUCACAACUUAAUACUUUCCCUUGAGCCUUAAGGUAACUUUUUUUUCUGUCAACAACAGCACUGAAGUUGUAGUAAGUGAAUGAGAUUAUCUGUUUUCAGGGUUGGUUUUAGAGUACUGUAAAUCAAUAGCUGUCUUCCUAAAGAGUUACUAUUCCCAUUGAAUAAACUGGAUAAUGGGUAUGUGGGUGGGGCUGGGGAGGGGAGGGAGAUACUUUGUAGAAAAGAAAAAAGAAAAAAAGAACUACAUAUACCUUAAAAAUAGGCAAAAAAGUAAAAAGGGUAUCUUAUAUGUCCUAUUUGAAAAUCCAGAUGUAAGGUGGAAAUGGCAAAUUAUAACUUCAUUUUCAUUGUUUUUAACCUAGAAAAAUAGUCAUUAAUUUUCACAUGUUAGCCCCCAGAAGUUUCAAGAGAUAGCCAGACUUUUGAAUGGUUAGUUACAUUAUUAAUAUAUCAAACUUUGCUAUCUAGUUAAUGUCCCCUUUCCCAGCCUUCAGUCUUGAAACUUAGUUUCUUUGCCUGUGAUUUUAACAGACUUACUUCAGCAAAUGUGGUCUGAUUGUCAGUAUGGAAAAUUAAAUUUGGAAAAUGAAAAAAAUAAAAUUGCAUCAUAAAGACUUCUUACCCUAGUGAUUCCCAGUUGACAUCCAAACCUUUAUGAAUGUAUUUUAUAUUUCCUAACGAAAUAGGGAAUGUGCAUCAAUGUUACGCCUUUACCCACAAUCUGUUACUUUCAUUUGAAAAUCGGACUCCUGCCUCUUGAAUUAGACAUUCCAACUGGGAUAGAUACAGUUGUUAAAACAACAGCAAAUACCAUAGUGGUAGUUUCACUGCUCAGUCGGACUUCUAAUAAGAGGAAGGCAGAGCAGUGAAAUGAGGAAGCAAAUUCCAUUUUUCCUGUUACAGUUAAUGUCCAUUGACAUGGAUAAGAGAGGGCUGACUAUAUAUCUUUGUAGUAUGGUUAAAUGUGAAAUGUGGGCCCAGAGUAUUGGAAAGAAAGCAAUAGACUGAUUCAGUUCAGUGUCCACUAGCAUAUCACAGAAGGCAUGAGUUGGUCCUUUUUCUCCCCUACGUUCAAUAACUCUUCAAAGGCUAACUCGAGAAAACUGAUUCAGACUCUUAUUUCUUAAAGGCAAACUAUUUUGUCCCUAGUUUUACCCUCAUGUUGGAAGAUUAGGCUGGUUAGAAAAAUCUUUAUAGUUGGAAAUAGAAUAGCAAGUGGUUUGUUUCUUCUCUUUUUAAGUCUUCUUUUCAGAAACAUGUAACUGCAGAAAGAGUCCCAAGAAAAGUGAAAACCCAGGAUUAUGUAUCACUAAGCACAUUUGUGUUGUAGGAAUUUGGGGGUUUUACUUUAAACUGAUAGAGUAUUGGACAAAUCCUUUUCUUCCAGCCCCUGUGUACAAAAGCUCUCCAGGAGUGAAUGGACUGGGCAGAAAGUCUAGAAACUGACUUUAUGUCAGUACAAGACAUGUUACAGUAGCAGGCAAGUAUGUUUGAGUUAUUUUUUUUUUAAUGAUUCACCAACGUUUGAAUAAUAACUAAGAUUAUCAAUGUAUUUGGACUUCUUUUUUCUAAAGUUCCAGAAUAGUUAUAGUAGUAGGGAUUUAUUCUCCUUUUAGACCUUCCUGCAGACUUUUUUCUAAGAUUGUUUUAAAAAUCCAUCUUCUGAUACAUUUCCAGAUAGCACACUUUCCAUUCUGUAGGAACCUUCACUGCCAACCAUAUCUACUAGUGACUUCCUUAGAGUAGAUUCUUCACUCCAGAGCUGGGACUGAUGUUCUGCCAGUAUAGAAUCUACAGAAGUAAUCUGAAUGAACUAAAACCAAAUCUUGAUAGCAGGAGACAGCUUCCUGAUCUACAUAGAUUAGAGUUUAGGUUGGAAAUAACUUUAAAGGGGUUUGGUUUUUUUUGUCUUCAAUCUGUGUGUAAAUAUCCACAUGCUUGUGCAUUGUAAACAAAUUGUGUAUUCAUAUGUAUGAAUUUGUAGAACUUGUUUCUGCUUCAAGAGAAGCAAUACCUUUAAUUUUAUAAGGUCCCUUCCACUAGUAACCCUAUAAAUGUUUGUAAAUAGAACACUAACAUUUGUAGUGAUACGAUCAAUUUGGGAAUAUCUGCUGAGAGACCAAAAAGUUCAUUUUUUAAGUACCUUGGUUAAAGAGUAAAGAUUGUUCCUCUUGCUUAUUUUUUAAAAGAAGAAUGCACUUUAACAAACAGCCAUGUGGGCAAUUCAAACAAAUACAUAAGUGCAGUACCCAUUCAGCAAUCACUUCCUGGAAACAGUUCAAAAGCAGAGUCCAGACGAGCCUGUAGGUUGAAGCUCAGAUACUGAUUAAUUUUGAGACAAGCAGUGCUGCUUCAAAAGAGCCAGAAGCUUCAGACAGGUCUGUAAAAUGGUGGGUCCCGUAUUUACCACUAACAAGCAAAACUGACAGAAAAAGUCAGAGAAAAAAGUUCAAGAAUCCUUCCUGCUGGUGUGCACUCCUUAUAAUAGACUUUUGCAAAUGGAGUUUUACAGUCUAUAUUUAAAAAAUUGUAUGUUUGUAACAAAUAAAGUAUGCGGAAAAGUGAAUGACGAUCUUGUGCUUAUGUCUCUAAUUUUAGGAAUUACAUGGAGAUGGGGUGGGUAUCACACACCAUGUGGGGCUCAUAAAUGAGUGUGGAACCGGGUGAGUAGUAGGCCUUGAACAUCACUGCACAUUUUAUCUGAACAAACAGCCAGUUCUAGAACCUCUCGGUUCCCAUAACCCAUUUCUGGUAAGCAUUUAUGGAGUAAUUCAUGUUUGGGUUCACAGUCCCAGAGAGGCCACUUGUUGCUUCCCUUAAUUUUUUCCUAAUCUACUGGUUUUUAGUGACUAUCAUUUUCAAUAGUUCCAAAGAAACUGCUAUAGCAGAUGUUCCCUCAUCAAGUUUAUUAACAUCAUAACCAACUGCUAAGAAGGUAAAUUAAACCAAACCAAACACAUUGACAUUGAGUUGAUUGCAACUCAUAGCAACCCUAUAGGUCAGAGUAGAACUGCCCCGUGGAGUUUCCAAGGAGCGUCUCGUGGAUUCGAACUGCUGACUUUUUAGUUAACAGACAUAGCUCUUAACCACUACACCACUAGGGUUUCUAGAAGGUAAGUUCGGCUAACCUAAUUGUGUCCAUAGAUUCUGGCUAGUGAUUCUCAAACUUUUUGGGCUCGGGACCUCUUUACACUCUUAGAACUUACUGAGGACCCCAAAGAGCUUUUAUAUUUCUGGGCUAUAUUGAUACUUACAUGAGAAACUAAAAAAAUUUUAAA